AUGCCUGGAAGGGAGAAAUCGAAGCGCCUUAGUAAGCGCAGCAACCCACUUGGCGAAGAUCUCCAUAUGGAUCGCUUCGCGACUUUGAAGCGACCCUUAGCCGAGGAUGAUGCUAUGGAGGAUGAUCCUGAGAGCAAUAACUUUUUGAUAUCCAACCGCACUACGCAACGAAUCCUCAAAACAGCGAAGGCUCAACUAGAGUACAUAUCGAGUGAGACAGAUAAUAAAGAACUUCCAAACGACAAUGACGAUGAAGAAAACGUGGUAACAACAGAUGUAGGGCUACGGGAAAUGCUCGAGGGCGCCACUUCAACUAGCGAUUAUUUUGAGUUUGAGGGGGGCGAAGACAACAAUAAAGAAGUGGAGCUAGAGUACGAUGACUCCGAAUCGAAUAUGUCGGAGAUGCCGUCCGAGGUUCCCGAAAUGGGGGGCGACCUCUAUGGUAUUGAUGAAGAGGAAUCUCGCAUCCUGCAACGCUUUCAGCCGAAAUCACGAAUUCAAACUCGUCAACUGGCUGACAUCAUUAUGGAACAUAUCAAAGAAAAAGAAUCUAAUAUGGUUACCCAAACACAGUCACAGUCUGCAGGCGCUCCACAAUCGAAUGAAGAAGAUGACAAAGAACGAAUAGACCCCCGUGUUUCUCGGGUAUACACCACGAUCGGCAGUGUCAUGAAGCGAUACACCUCCGGCAAAGUCCCGAAGGCGUUUAAAAUUUUGCCAAACAUCAAAAAUUGGGAGCAGCUGCUCAUGCUCACAAAGCCAGAUCAGUGGUCCCCGCACGCCACAUACCAAGCCACGCGUAUUUUUGCAGCCAACCUGAACGAAUGCAUGGCACAGCGUUUCUACGCUGCCGUGCUGUUGCCUAUUGUUCAUGCCCAUAUCCAGGAAAAUCACAAACUACACCCGGCUCUGUACAUGGCAGUGCGGAAGGCGCUCUUUAAGCCCGUUGCCUUUUUUAAAGGGUUUCUACUUCCCCUGGCGACCGAUGAGGAGUGCACGCUAAAGGAGGCCUUGAUCGUGGCCAGCGUUUUGCAGCGCUCCCACCUCCCGCCGGUCCCCACGGCUGUCACCUUAGUUAAGAUCUCACAGCGGCCCUUCUCUGGGCCCUGCGCGGUGUUUUUACGUGUUCUCAUCGAUAAAAAGAUGGCGCUGCCAUACCAAGCCAUUGACGCCUUGGUUUCCUAUUUCUAUCGGUUUAUUCAAACCCAUCCAAAGGAAGAGCCCCUCCCGGUACUAUGGCAUCAAACGUUUCUCUCCUUCACUCAGCGCUAUAAAAACGAUCUGCAGGUGAAGCAGCUGCAGAUGCUCUCACAAGUUUGUGGCGUGCAUUUCCAUUACAUGAUAACACAGGAAAUUAGGAGAGAAAUCGCAGCCGCGAUGCGUGGCAAAACGGUCCCUGCGCAAUCAUGA